AUGAAAUUUCCUUUUUUUCAACUGUGUGAAACUUUUUUUGAGCAAAAUCGCUAUCCAAAUUGUGAAGAAUGUGAUGGCCCAACUAAUGAAGAUUGGCUAUCUUGUCAGAAAAAUCAAGCGAAUUUAUUUACCGUAACAUAAAGUAUGUGUUGUCCUUAUAAUACUAUUGAUCAUUAAAUUUGUCUAUGUUAUAAAGAAACUAAUUUAUAAUUUAUUUAAGAACCUUUCAUAAAUACUGAAUGUUUAUAUGGUUAUUUUGAAUUAGAUAAUGAACGCUACAGAUGGUAAUUUAUAAAUAAUAUAAAUAGUCCUUCAAUGAUUUAUUAAUUUGUCUAUAUUGUGUAUAAAAUUCUAUAUCUUUUAGCCAAUAUCCAUCAUGCCAAUAUGAAUUAUACAUCAGUUAAUUAGAUUAGACAGAAAAACUUUAGUAGAGUUAUCCAAUUUAAUUACUUUUUGAUGGAAAUGAUAUCAAGUUAGCAUCAUUGUAAUUAGAUAUACAAACUAUCUUAAAUGAUCUAUAGAAUUAUUCCUUUUUAUUGAUAUUGUGAAGAAUGCUUAAUAAAAUUUGCUUUUGGAUGUCAAAAAUAAUAUAUAUUAUUAUUAUUUAGUAUUUCAUGCCCUGAUUCAUUUAUACUAGAAGAUGGUAAAUGUAUAAUUGAUAAAAUUACAGUAUCUAGAGAGGUUAAUAAAAAAAAUGUGUCGUACUCCUUUAUUUAGUGCAAAUUGUGUCUAAUAAAAAAUUGCAUUUAUUGUUUUGAAUACUAAAAUGAUGAAUAUUCCUUCAAGAGUACUUUAUAUAAAAAUUUUGAAAGUUUUAAUUUAGUUAACUAAAUAAUAAAUGUCGGCUGCAAAAAAGGAUUUUUAUUGAUUUUAAAAUUGGAAAAUGCUUAAUAUAAUAAUCAAAAAUUUUAAGUUAUUUAAUAUCAUUUUAUCAAUUUAAACGGUAUUUGUACUCUAUCAUCUUAAACUGAUUUUAGCAUUGCACUUGCAAUGAUAAAUUGUGAGAAAUAUUACUCUAAUUGUUUAUAAUGUGUCCUCAUUCCUAAAUCAAAGCUUCAAUGGGUAAUCUGUAACAAAGGAUAUUUUAGCUCUGUAAUUCAAAGCAAUUGUUAAGAAAUUUUAGAUUAUUCAUAUUUUUAAGAUAUUUUUUAUGUAAUAUAAGGAGAUUUUUUUGAGGCAGAGAAAUAUGUUUAAUUUAUUUAAAGUUUUAUGA